UAAACGAGAGCCGGUGUGCGCCGUGACGCGCGCGUGGAGAGAGAGAGAGAGAGAGAGAGAGAGAGAGAGAGAUCGCGUCUCUCCAAACCAACCAGUCCGUUUCCCCAAAACACAAGAAGCGCUGGUGCUCCUCAGUGAGGUCCCCGCUGUGUCUCCACCUUCUGAACUGACUCCGUCUCCGCACAAACUUCAGCAAAGAAAAAAAAACCGUCCAGUAUGAGCGGAGACAAACACCAUGGAUGUGCCUCAUGAGGCGGACCGGAGAAACUGAAGCCACCGCUCAAAGUUUGCCCUUUGUGCCACAGACUGAACACACACACAACUUUAAGCGCGUUCUUCUGCUUCUCUAACACUUUUUGAGACUUGUGCUCUGCCGCUUGGGAUUGCCUGGACUCCGCGCUGUGUCUUUUUAUGUUCAGCCGGGGAGACGUGUAGUUUUUUUCGGGGUGGUCCGCUCUAAGGAAGGUGACAUGCAGGUUCUCGGCUGGACCAUAGUUCUCCUCUGCCAGUGGAUCCUACGGAAGGUCCAAGGGUUGGAGAAGCAAGUGGACUUCUCAGACCUGGGCCCAGUGGGGUCGGUGAUGAAGACUCUUCCAUACGGCAUGGGUGGAGGUACGGUUGGAGGAUCGACAGGAGGAGUGGUUAAGCCGUACCAAACACGUAUCUUCUCAUCUGCCCUCGACCAGACACCCAUGAAAUCCAAGCCACCCGCUUACGGUUACUACCCAUACGACUCGACCCGGAACCAGUCCCUGCUCCUGGAUCAGACAGGCUACCGCUCUAAGCGCAAGCCCUCACUAAAGACAGCCAUGAAGACCAAGAAGAUGUUCAGCUGGGGAGAUUUCUACUUCAACGUCAAGACCACAAAGUUCAGCUUGUUGGUGACAGGGAAGAUCGUGGACCACAUCAAUGGGACGUUCACCGUUUACUUCCGUCACAACUCGUCCAGCCUGGGGAACGUUUCGGUCAGUAUCGUGCCGCCGACCAAAGUGGUGGAGUUCGAAGUCCUCCAGCAACAGCCGCUGCACCCCCACACCCAGCAGGACGUCCAGCUCCAGGAGACCCAGCAGUCCACCAUCGACCCCAAAGAGACAAAGACCUUUAACUGUCGGGUGGAGUAUGAGAAAACCAACAGAUCCAAGAAGACUAAACCCUGCCUGUACGACCCAUCUCAGACCUGCUUCACAGAGCACACCCAGUCCAACGCUGCCUGGCUCUGUGCCAAACCCUUCAAGGUGAUCUGCAUCUUCAUCUCUUUCUUUAGCAUCGAUUACAAGCUGGUUCAAAAAGUGUGUCCGGACUACAACUUCCAAAGUGAGCACCCUUACUAUGGAUAAGUAAGUGAGACUGAACUGAGAGGAGAAUAAAGAGACAAUGUUAAUGACAAUGAUGAUGAUAAUAAUGAUAAUGAUGGAAAUGAUAGUCAUAUUGAUUACGGUGAAGAUGCAGGGGACAGUUUUCUUGCCUCUAAACUGCUGUGAAUUGUGGAUAUAAAUCAAGUAUAAUCAGAGUUAUGGAUGGUUAGGAUAUGGCUGAUUUCUCUGACUUAUUUUCCAACUUUGUAUUUGUUAACUUCUGUUUUUAUUUGAUUUUUUUCUGUAAAUAAUGUACUCAACCUCAGCGCACUUAUUGUUUUUAGAUAUUUGUUUCUCAGUGUUAUUACUUUUUGCAGUUGGAGAAUUCGGUUGAAAACAGCUGGAAUCAGUAUUAUGCCCUCUGACUACAAAGUGAAGCCUCUGAGGCGGCCGUGCUCUGCCAUCACAGUAUGGCAGACAUAACGUUAUGGUAGACUGACUGUUAAUCAUCCUCUCAGCUCUACGUUUCAAAACCCUGGAUAUAAGAGAGUUAUAUGUAUGAGAAAUGCUAUGCUGGAUAUGCAUACAAUAUACUGUAUGAAAAAGCACAUUAAAAUCUCUUAAACUGUC